GUGGAUAGUCAGAGUUCCUCCUAUAGACCAUUGUUUGUGCACAUAGAGAUAUGUGGGUGCUGUAAUACAUUGUAAUAAGGACAUUAAUUAGCGCGAGCGCCCGCGGGCCAAGAACAAGGUUCAAGAAGUAUAGUGAAGAGGGCCUGCAUGGGGGGUAGGAUUACGAAUUAUGCAAAAUUUUCGCGGACAAUAUUACCAAUUACGUUAAAGUCUCAGACCUUAUAACGACUUAAAUCUUUGCAGCUACGGUCCUAUUACGGAUUACGUUGAUUUUGGGGAGGUUGUCUUCAUGAUUCUAUGAAGACUGAAAAGGCCUGAUUACGCCUUACGAAAAACGACAUGCAGGCCCCAAGAAAAGUCCCAGCAUUCCUCGCGCGAAGGAUAACAUCCGGUUUCCGUCUACAUCAAUCUGAAGUUUUAUACCGGGGUAUUUACCUCAUUUGCGAAAUGCCUAGGCGUAAGAAGAAAAAAUUGACUGAGAGGUUGAGUGCAUGGAAGGAAGAGCCAAAAAAGGAGAAGCAACCCAGCCAGCAGGAUGACAAACAAGCAGAGAUAGAGUCAGUACAGGAAGUAGAGUCAGGAGUACAGGAGCCAGCUGAAAUGCUCAUGGAGGUGGAGGUCUUGGUUCGAUGGAGGACUAACCAUGUGUCAGUACCUGAACCGUCGAGAUGAGAGAGGGAAACGUCCAGGAGA